AUGAAUGGAGGGACAACUUGUAUUAAUUCUUGCAUUAUUGAACCUGAUUUAGUUUAAGAUUGGGUUAACGGUAAAUGUGUUUAAUAGUGCCCUUAAGGAACUUAUAUAAGAACAUUAGAUAGUGGAGCGCUUGCUUGUACUGAAGAUUGCCCCAAAUAUUAUUAUUCUAAUAUUUGUGUUUCUGCAUGCCCUAGCUAAACCUAUUUAGAUAAAUAAAUUUGCAAAAGUUGUGCUGGUCCAUGCUCAGAAUGUUUUGGUGUUAAAAUUAAUGAGUGCACUAAAUGUGAUCUUGGCUAUUAUAGAGAUUAAACAACAUGUUAUUCUGUUUGCCCUGAUUAUAAACCUUAUGCAAAUUUAGCUGACUAAACAUGCGUGGCAGCAUGUCCAGACUACUUAUACUUGAAAAAAAAUUAUUGUUUUAGUCCUUGCCCUACAUUUUUAUACUAUUAUGAAUUAAAUGGUAAAAAAGAAUGUGUAGAUUAAUGCUAUUCUAAAUCAUACUUAUGGCUUGGUAAAUGCUAUGAAUGCAAUUCUAUAUGUAAAGAAUGUUUUGGACCAAAUAAUGGUAAUUGCUUUGAAUGUGAACUUCCUUAUUUUUUGAAUGAUUAGACUUGCUAAAAUAANGUGAAUUAGAAUGUCCAACUUGGUUAUAUACAGAGAAUAAAAAUUGUGUUAAAGAAUGCAGCGUUGGAUAUAAAUUAUUUUAGAACUAAUGCCUGAAAGCAAAUUUAAUUGAUACAUAUGAAGUAGUAUAAGAAAUUCCUGACGAAGUAUCACCCAAAUCAAUUGUUUUACUUUAAUAUUGUCCCUAAUUUUGUAAAUCAUGUACUAGCGAUAAAUUUUGUACUAGUUGUUUAUAUCAGUAUCCAAUGGAUUAGAAUAUGUGUGUUAAGUCAUGUUAUCCUCAAUACUUAGAAAUAAUAGAUAAUGUUAGUUCCUGUAGAACAUCUUGUGAUCCUCAAGAUUUAAUUUAUGAGAAUAACAAUAUUAAUGGAUAUCAGAUUAAUUAAUGCUUUAAGGAGAAAUGUGGUACUAUAAGAGCCAAUAAAGAUUAUUAAACUUUUCUGCAUCAAACUGAUACUCAUCGAUGUAUGUAUCCAUGUGAGGAUGGAUAUUAUGGUAAUACCUUACUCUUAUAAUGUUUACCAUGUAGCCAUACUUGUGCUACUUGUGAAUAAAGUGCUAUCUUCUGCACUUCUUGCCCUUACUUUAAAUUUUUAGAUUAAAAUAAUUGCUAUGACUCUUGCUAAGGUAAGUUUUAAAAUUAUUUGGACUUUGUAUGUGAAGGAUCAUGUUCAUCAGGAUAUUAAGUGAUAGAUCAAUCAUUAAGUAUAUAUGCAUGUGUUUAAAGUUGUGGAUCUAAAUAUCAAACUUUUUAAUAUUCUUUGAAUAAUAGGUGUUAUGAAGAGAUGCCAGAGGUAGGAGCAUAUUGCGAAGGAUUUAAUUGUUAUAAUUGUAAUUAUAAAUGCAAAACAUGCUCGGGUCCAAACUCAAAUUAAUGUUUAAGUUGUAAACCUAAAUCAUAUUUAAAAAACAAUGAAUGUAUUAAAUAGUGCUAUCCAUAAUUUAAUGAUAGUUUAAAUUGGAAAUGUGUUGAUGUAUGUGAAUAAUCUAUAAAAACCUUUGGUCGAGAAAAUAUUAAUGGUAAUUCUGUAAUAGUUACAUAUUGUUCAGUAACUUGCUUGUUUAAACAAUAUUAAUUCAAAGAAAUAUGCUAUGAAUUGAAACCUUCAGAAACAUACUGUUUAGAUAGAAAAGACUAUUAUUUUUGUGAUAGUUGUGCCUCAGUUUGCAAAGAAUGCCAAAAUGCUUACUCUACAUCAUGUUCAAAAUGUUCCCCAGGUGCUUAUAUACAUGGAUCUACUUGUUAUACGGAUUGUCCAAGUAUUGCACCUUAUAAAGAUUAAAUCACUUUACAAUGCGUUUCUAGUUGCACUUAUUUUGCAGAAAAUGGCUCUUGCGUUUAUUAAUGCUCUAAUUCAUAUUACUAAUAUCCCGCCUUAAGAACUUGCUAUUAAAUGGGAUGUCCUAUGGGAACUUAUAAUCUAUAAUAUACAAAAUUAUGUUUAAGCUGUUACCCUGGAUGUGCAACAUGCAAAAACGGAAAUUAUAAUGGAUGUUUGACAUGCUCAGUUGGUUACUUUAUGAAUGGAGGGACAACUUGUAUUAAUUCUUGCAUUAUUGAACCUGAUUUAGUUUAAGAUUGGGUUAACGGUAAAUGUGUUUAAUAGUGCCCUUAAGGAACUUAUAUAAGAACAUUAGAUAGUGGAGCGCUUGCUUGUACUGAAGAUUGCCCCAAAUAUUAUUAUUCUAAUAUUUGUGUUUCUGCAUGCCCUAGCUAAACCUAUUUAGAUAAAUAAAUUUGCAAAAGUUGUGCUGGUCCAUGCUCAGAAUGUUUUGGUGUUAAAAUUAAUGAGUGCACUAAAUGUGAUCUUGGCUAUUAUAGAGAUUAAACAACAUGUUAUUCUGUUUGCCCUGAUUAUAAACCUUAUGCAAAUUUAGCUGACUAAACAUGCGUGGCAGCAUGUCCAGACUACUUAUACUUGAAAAAAAAUUAUUGUUUUAGUCCUUGCCCUACAUUUUUAUACUAUUAUGAAUUAAAUGGUAAAAAAGAAUGUGUAGAUUAAUGCUAUUCUAAAUCAUACUUAUGGCUUGGUAAAUGCUAUGAAUGCAAUUCUAUAUGUAAAGAAUGUUUUGGACCAAAUAAUGGUAAUUGCUUUGAAUGUGAACUUCCUUAUUUUUUGAAUGAUUAGACUUGCUAAAAUAAUUGUCCUCAGUUUUAUGAUUUAACAGACCAUGUAUGUAAAGAUGCAUGUCCUGUUCAUUUAGUAAUUUAAGGAGUUAAUUGUUAAAAUGAAUGUGAUUCUGGAUAUUUAGUCUAUAAUUAAGUUUGCGUUUAAUAAUGCCCAAAAUUCGCAUAUCUUGUAGAUGAUCACUGUUAUGAUUGCAAUUUAUUUUGUAGUUCUUGUUAUGGACCAACGGCUAAUGAAUGCUAUUCUUGCAUAGAAAAUUAUUUUUUAGAUGAAUAAAGUUGUAAAUCAGUUUGUCCUUUAUAUUAUAAUAAUGAAACUAAUAAAUGCAUGGCAGAUUGUAGUAAUAUGUUUGAAAUAACAGAAAAAAAAGAAUGUGUUUCAUCAUGUCCAUCAAAUUAUAUCAUCUGUUAAUCUAAAUGUGUUUUAGUUCUAUAAGAUGGAUAUUAUUUAGAUGGCAAUUAAUGUUAAUAAUGUGACUCUAAAUGUUCAAAAUGUACUUCAGCAACAGUUUGUUAAGCUUGUGCCAACAAUUUUUAUCUUGAAAUCAAUUCUUGUGUUAGUUUUUGUUCAAAUGAAUAUUUAUUUAUGGAUCCUAUUUCAAGAUCUUGUGUAACUAAAUGUCCUUCUACAUUAUAUCAUUUAGAAUCAUAUGGCAAAAGAUUUUGUGUAGCUGACUGCAAUUAUAAACUUUAUAAUCAAUGUGUAUCAGCAUGUCCAAAAGGAAUGUAUUCAAAAGAUAAAGUUUGCACUUAAUGUCCAUAAUAUUGUGAAGAAUGUGAAUCAUUUUCAAAAUGCUCAAAAUGUUUAUUUGGUUAUUAUUUGUAGAAUGAAUAAUGUAAACUCAGUUGCACAAUUGGAAAGACUGAUAGAAAGAAUAUAAAGUGUGUUGAUGAAUGCGAUGCCUCUUUAUUUGAAUAUUAAAAUGAAUGUUUAGAAAAUUGCCCUACUGAUCCAAUUCUAUAUAAUAAUAAAAUGAUAUGUGCUCAUAGUUGCCCAUAAAAAACAUAUUAAAAUUAGUAAGAAUGUAAAGAUUGUAAUUUAUCAUGUGCAUCAUGUAUUGGGCCUUCUGAUAAAGAUUGUAUAACUUGUUCUGAUGGAUAUUAUUUGGAUAAUCAAAUUUGUUCAUAAACAUGUCCAUAAUUAUAUGAUGAAGUUAAUAAAUAGUGUGUUCUUACAUGUCCUACUAAUCUCUACUAAGAUAACAACAAAUGUGUAGCAAUUUGUGGUAUUUACUAAUACAUUAAUAACUGUGUUAGCUCAUGUCCACCAUUAACUUAUGUUUAAAAUUCAAAAUGCUAUGAUUGUUCUGAAAAUUGUAAUGAAUGCAAUUCUUUAGGAUGCUUCAAAUGUGCCCUUGGUACAUAUUUAAAUGAUGGCUUAUGUAAUAAUUAUUGCCCCUAUUUUUACAAUGAAGUUAAUAAUAAAUGUGUGUAAUUGUGUCCCAAAGAUACUUAUUUAUAUAUUGAUCAUUGUUAUUCUCAAUGUCCAUUAAGUACUUUUUAGUAUAAGAAUGAAUGCCUUUUAGCAUGCCCAUCAUUAACAGUGUUAUUGAAUAAUUAAUGUCUAUAAUGUCCUGAAAGAUGUUUAAUUUGUAAAAGUGAAUAUGAAUGCUCUAAAUGUGAAAGCCCAUAUUUUUUAUUCAAUGGCUCCUGUGUUAUACAUUGCCCAUUAUAAAUACCAUUUGAAGACAUUACUAAUGGCUAAUGUGUAUCUGCUUGUCCUCCAGAAGCUUAUGAGAGGGGAUAUGAAUGUGUAAAGGAAUGUAAUUUAGUCAUAUACUAAAAAUAAUGCCUAUAAAAAUGUCCUACUGGAUAUUAUGGUAAUGAUUAUUGUAAACCCUGCCGAUUAGAAUGUAAAGCAUGUUCAAGUUUUGAAGUUUGCACAGAAUGUAACGAUAAUUUUUUUCUUGAAUUUAAUUAAUGUGAUACAUUAUGUACAAAAAUUAAGGAUAUAAAAUCCAAAUCCUGUGUCGACACAUGUAAUUUAUUUUUGUAUAAAAAUGUUUGUUACGAAGCUUGUCCUUAAAACACUUAUGAAAAUAUAAAUGAAUGUGUCUUAAAUUGUGAUGAUGGUUAUUAUGGUUCUUAAGACUAUAAAUGCAAAAAAUGUUCAUAAGAAUGUGCUAGUUGCAUAAAUGCUUUAGAAUGUACUAAAUGUAAUAUUGGAUAUUUUCUUCAUAAUAAAAAAUGUUUGGAUUAAUGUCCAGGAUAAUUUUUUUCUAACCCUGUAAAUAAUGAAUGCUCAACAAAAUGUCCAAUAUAAACAUUUACAUUUUAGAACUCAUGUCUUUUUGAAUGUCCUUCUGAAUAUUUUAACGAUAUGGAUAAUUAUAAAUGUGUAAGCAAUUGUGGAUCUUAAUAAUAUUUAAGUAAAAAGAACUGUUUAAAAUGUGCAAUAGAAUGUGAUUAAUGCACUGGAAGAGGAAACAAUAAUUGUAUCAAAUGCGCAAGCAGUUUUCAAUUAACUGAAGAUGGCCUUUGCAUAGGCAACUGUAAAGAUGAAUAUUAUAAGUCAGAUAAUUCAUGUCAAAAAUGUCUACAUAAAUGUUAAACAUGUGAAAAUGGAACUGAUUGUAUCAAAUGUAGAGGUACAAAUAGAAGCACUUAAGAUUGCUCUUGUUAGAAAGGUUAUUAUGAUGAUGAAUUUUAUGAUGAUUGUUAAAAAUGUCCUUGUGAUGAAUGUACUGCUAUUGAUAACUGUCUUAUAUGUAAGAAUAAUCUAUAAGUUCCUAAAUGCUCUUGCGAUAGAAUACUUAAUGAAGAUUGGUGUAUAACUUGUCAAAUAGCAAAGGUUAAUAUCUAUUUCACUGAUGACCUAAAUUAAAUAAUUGUUUAUUUUGGUUAUUUGAUUUCUGUUAAUUUAAUCAAUCCAUUUUAACCUUCAGAUUGUUCUUUAUGGUUUGAUAAUUCAGAAAUUUUUGGUAAAAAUUCCUAAUGCUAUUUAUCAUGGAACAGAUAUGCUGUUCAUAUAAUUUUAAAGCCGUAUGCAUCUGUUAACAUUGGAGACAAGUUAAGUUUUAAAAACUCCUUUUAUAGAGAUAUAGACCAAGGCAUUUGCGAUGGUUAAUUUAUUGAAUAAUUUAUUGAAAAUAAAGUAAAAGAACCUUAAAAUUUGUAAAAACCUUAUAUCCUAUUUGAUAUCCCUUCAUUUGUUAGUACAUGCAAAAUUAUAUUUAUCAAAUAAAUCCUACUACAUGGUACUGGUUAAAAAAUCUAGAAUGUAUUGUCUUGGACUCUUAAAGAAAUGGAAGAUGAAGAAUAAUAUCUACAAAUGGAUGCAUUUUUAGCAAAUCAAUAAAAUGAAAUUACAAUUCCAAUUGGAACAUUGUAACCAAAUGUCACAUAUACAAUCACAGCUAAAUAUGUUAAUUUCUUGCAAAGAGUCAAUUUUACUACUUUUACAUUUACAACCCUUCCAAUUUAAGCUCCUUAUGUGUUUUUAUCAUAUGAACCUUUGAUUGCAAGAGUUUAUGUAUUUGAUUGUCAUGUCUCUUACUCAGAUUUGAAAAAUGAAUUCAAUGUUGCUAUUGAAAUAACAGGUAGUAAUAACGAAUCAUAUAUUUCGUUAAGUUAGUAAAUUAAUCCUAUAUAUGAAAUUCCUCUAAAUGAGUCUCUUCUUCCUAAAGAAACUCCAUUAUUAUUUACUGCCUCAACUGGUAGUUCGAUAAUAAAAGAAACUAUUAAUCUAAAAUCUAAAAUAAUUGAUAUUAAAUUUUUAUAAAAAAAUAGAUUUAUAGGUUUGGAUAAUUAAAUUAAUGCAAGAGGUUUCGAUAGAAAUAUAGAGGACGAAGUUUUGAGUACUAUAGGGAUUACUUAUGAAUGGCAAUGCAACAACUUAAAUAAUUUAUAACCUUGUAAAACUGAUGAAAACUAAAUUAUGCAAUUCCCUUCAAGAAGAAUAGUCAAUAUCUUUGCUGAUAGUUAGAAUACAACUUUAGUUUUCUUUGCAAAAGCAUCUAAAGGUGACAGAUGGACUGUCAAAGAAUAGUUGAUAGUUAUCACAGAUUUUAACAUCGAAGAAGAAUUUUAUAUAAAUAAUGAAGAUCCAUAAAAUUAUAUUAAUGCAAAUGAUGAAGUGACAAUCUUAUUAAAAAAAUAAUAAAAGUAUGCUUUUAUUAUUCAAUAACAUAAAAUUUUGUAGUCUAUGAAAAUAUCUGGUUUAUCUUUAAAAUUUAGAUUAGCUGGCUUAACUACUGAUUUUAAAAGUCCUGUCUACAUUUAUUUGGUACCAGGUAAUGAAUCUAUAGCUUUCAAACUGAACGAAUCUCCUCAAAAAGUUUUUUUGUAAAUAGAGCCAUUAAUAGGAGAAUCUCUAGAUUAUUUUAAUUACACUCUUUCCAAUCUUUAAGCUGGAAAUUCAGUAAGUUUCUAUUAUUAUUUUGAAAAUUCCAUUCUUGAAAAUGAUGUAAAUGCAUAAUCUAUAAUUAAUGGAAUACCAUUAAUUACAAACUCUAAAGAAACAUCUGGAUCAUUUUAGCUACCAAAUGGAAUCACAAAUAAUUCAAUUUCAGUUUUAUGUGAGAUAUCAUCCAAUUAUGGGGCUAAAUCUUAUUUGAAAUAAGAUGUUUAUGUGGUUAGGAAAAAUUAUGAGAUGUAAUAAUUGUACCAAUCAUUCACUAAUAAAACAAAUUUAGAAGAUUUAUAAAGUCUUCAUACUAUGAUUGCCCUUAUCUAAUUAGAAGAAUAGUAGGUUUGCUUGAAAUAAUGCUCAGGGGUUGGGUCAUGUGUAAAUAAGAAAUGUUAAUGUCCACCAGGAUAUUAUUUUCCUGAUUGUAGUGGAAAUUAAGAAUAAUAAAUAUAAUUCAAUAAAUUUAUGACUGAUGUAAUGUAAUAAUUAAUCAAAACGCCAAUAAAAAAUAACAACGACAUGAAAUUAUUUAGUCAAUCUCUUUACUUUUUAACAUAAUUUAGUUCUAAUAAUACAAUAAGUUUAGAAGAUUGCUCAAUUAUAUUACAAUCAUAUAUUUAGAAUACAAAUUCUAGAUUAGAAUAGAUUAAUUAAUAUUCAAUAAAUUUACAAUAUUAAUCAACAGAUGAUUUUAAUUAUUCAUAAAUAGACAUUCGCUCUUUAAUAAAUAAACAAGAUUUACACACAGCCCUUAAAAGCACAGUUUUUAUGUGGGAAAAGACUUUGUUUACCUCAGGCUCAAAUGUCUAUUAGUUAUAAAAUCAUCUAAAUAAUUUCAUCAAUAAUAUCAUUGAGUUAACUAUCUUUGCUUUAAGCCCUGAUGAAAAAAUAGAUUUUUCAAUAGAUACUGCAUCUAUAACAAUUAAAAAAUCCAAAACCCUCCCUUAUAAUUCUAGUAGAAUUUUAUAAGAAAUCAAUAAUGAGAAUUCAACUAUUUAUGAUAUAGUUUAGGCGAUUUACAUUAGGAACUUUUAUGCUUUUGAUGGUUAUUUCCCAUAUCCAUAGUAAAUUUAUCCAUUAUAUGUAUAUUAAAUCAGAUAUUCAAAUCGAAAAGAAAAUAUUUAAUUAAUAUAACCAAUCUCAUAUCGAUUUGGAAUUCAAAACGAUACAACAAACUUGGUUUGUUUAUAAAGAAAUGCUAAGACUUAUGAAUGGUUUAAUUAAAAUUGCACACUCUCUGAAAUAAAUUCAACGUACUAUUGUAACUGUACAACUCUAUCUCCUACAACAAUUUGUAAUGACUACGAUUUUAUUUAUUAAGGUAAUUCAGGAUUCCGGAUUAAUCUUCCAAAUAUUUUUUAUAUCAUUUACAUUAUUUAAUUAAUAAUAUUAGGAAUUUUUGUGAGCAAAUCAAAAAUGUAAGAGAAUGAAUAAUAAACUGAAAAUACUAAAUUUGGCCGUGUUUUUAAAUUAGCUAAAAAUAAAAAAGUGAAUAUUAUUGGAAACUAAGUUUAUCCAGUUGAACAGGAAAAGGAUACUCGAGAAUUAAUAACAAAGCCAUAAUUAAACAAUUAAGAUAACAUAAAUGAUAAGUUUCAUUUUAAUUAUUUCUGGGUACUCAAUUUUUGCUAAUAUUUUUUUUAGAAAUACCAUUGCUUAACAUAGUUAAUAUUUAAAUAAUAAGUUUACUUAAGCCCAUUCAUGAGGUCUCUUUUAAUAUUAUUAAGAUGGAAUUCAGCAGUGAUUGUUGCAGAAGUUUUAUUUUUGUUUUAAUUUGAUUACUAAGUUUCACUUUGGAUUAUACUUGCAUCAAUUAUCAUUAUGAGAAUUAGUGAAAGUUUCCUUAAAGUAUAUAUGAUUCUGAUUUUUAGAAAUAAAUAAAGUAUGUUGUUAUCAUGAAACAAAUUAUUGUGGUUAUAAUCAUCAAAAGCUUAAUAUUAUUACUUUUGGUAUUCACAAUAUUAUGUGGAUUAUAUUUUUAUUUAAUGAUAGACAACUAAACAAAUUUAGUAAUUUAAUUUAUUAAAUUUAGAUAUUAUCUUAUUUUGGUGCAAUAUUAAUUGAUAUCCUUUUACUUGAUAUAAUAAUAUUUAGCUCUAAAAGAUUUUUAGGGGAAAAUAAGAAGAAAAACAUAAGAAAAAAGAUCAAAGAGCUAAAAUAAUUGGCAAAAAUUCAAAAGUAGAACGAUUGA